AUGGCGUCCCUACUCGAGCGAAUGAACGUUCCUACUUCUACUGGCCCUAUUCGUUCAAAACCUCAUCCAGGUCGCCCCACUGCUCCAUAUAACCGCAACAACCGCAUCCCCAAAGGCGACGUCGACGCCAAUUGGUCCCAUGAUCUCUUCGAGCAGCACAACUCACUCUCAGCCCGACUAUCCAAUCAACCCAGCGCCCCCAAAGCAAAUAUCAACUCCAUCGCACAAAAAGCCCUUCGGGACGCGACAGGCUCAAUACAGGCAGAACAACUAUCCAUCAAAGGCGCCAGUUCCGCCUCGCAGGGCAACGUCGUCGAGGUAUCCGGUUUAGUUAGUGGGACAACUGCAGAGGAUGUGGCAGCCAUUUUCAAACGCUGUGGGACCAUCACCACCGCCAAGUUGGUAUCCGCUGGAAAUGAAGACGUGCGGAUUCGGUUAACAUUCAAAACACCCACCUCUGCCGCUGCCGCAGUCACAAAAUUCCACAAUCAACCUGCUGAUGGGAAGACUCUUUCUGUGAGGAUCGUGGGGAACACAACUGCGGGGACUAUGCUGGGAGCUAGGCUAGGAGGCGCAGAUGGGUUGGGUCUUGUAAGGGAGGAGGGAAGCGUUGAUAUUCUGAUGGAUGUCGAUGGAGAUAGCAGCUCGAAAAUGCGGUCAGAUUCUUUGAUCAAGGAGGAUCCACGCGCACACGUUCUAGUUGCGCCCCCUGGAGCCAAUCCGGCAGAUUACACACAACGUCAAUCGGAAGCGCGUGGCGGUGGUGGUAACCGAAGAGGCGGUGGUCGUGGACGAGGUGGCCGACGAGGCGGCGGUAGACGUUGAGGGAGGUUGGCUUGCAGCGCUUGGUUCUGUAAUACUUUUCUUCCGUUUUGGCCGACGGACGCUGUUGCUACCUUUUUGUACUAUUGGGCUUGAGUCUUCCAUUCUUUAGGAGAUGCUUAAUCUAUUAUACUCCCUUCUCUC